AUGUUGAUCUGGGAGGAGAAGAACGCUUUGGAAUGGCUUCCAUCGCAGAUUGUAAAGCUGUUUGGCAAGGAAUUCCCUCGGUUCCUGGCUACUCCCGAUCCUGGUAGAGAUGGCAGGAUUCCAGCCGCUGCUUCCUUGAGUAUGAGUUCCUCAAAAAAACCUGUGAAUCAGCUGUCUUCAACCCUGACCAAUGCCAGCCACAUUAUGGAGGACUGGAAUGACAUGGCUCAAACACCUGCUGGUGCGACCUCUCUGAGGGCUGGACUGCUGCACAAUGCCAACAAUAAUGCUUCCUCUGGGCCCUGGCGAAGCCUGAAAAGCCCUUCCCUUUCUUCAGCUGCCUCGCAUUCUAAAUUAAGCUAUCUAGAGCGUGUAGUGUUGGAGAUUGUGGAAUCGGAGCGUAUGUAUGUGCGGGAUUUACGAAGCAUCAUCGAGAAUUACUUGGGGAAGAUCAUAGACACUCAAGAGCUGCUGCUGCGACCAGAACAAGUCAGUGCACUCUUUGGAAAUAUUGAGGAUAUCUACGAGCUGAACAGUGAGCUCCUGCAGGAUCUGGACAGCUGCCACAAUGACCCUGUGGCAGUGGCAAGAUGUUUUGUGGACAAGAGCCAGGACUUUGAUAUCUACACUCAAUACUGCAAUAACUACCCAAACUCUGUGGCAGCUCUUACCGAAUGCAUGAGGAACAAACAGCUGGCCAAAUUCUUUCGCGAGCGGCAAGAACAAAUCCGUCACUCUUUGCCCCUUGGAUCCUACCUUCUCAAGCCUGUCCAGCGCAUUCUCAAGUAUCACUUGCUCCUACAGGAGAUAGCAAAGCAUUUUGACAUAGAAGAGGAUGGCUAUGAAGUGGUGGAAGAGGCAAUUGACACCAUGACCUGUGUGGCUUGGUAUAUCAAUGACAUGAAGAGAAAGCAUGAGCAUGCGGUGCGGCUGCAGGAGAUUCAGUCCCUGCUUAUUAACUGGAAGGGCCCGGACCUGACGACUUACGGAGAGCUAGUCCUGGAGGGCACCUUCCGCGUCCAUCGGGUCAGAAAUGAGAGAACUUUCUUCUUGUUCGACAAAAUCUUGCUGAUAACUAAGAAGCGGGGCGAUCACUAUGUAUACAAAAGCCACAUUCCAUGCUCCUCCCUCAUGCUGAUUGAGAGCACCCGAGACUCGCUCUGCUUCACUGUCACCCACUACAAGCACAACAAGCAGCAGUACAACAUCCAGGCCAAAUCCGGGGAGGAAAAACGGGUUUGGACUCACCACAUCAAGCGUCUGAUCCUGGAAAACCACCAUGCCAUCAUCCCUCAGAAAGCCAAAGAAGCCAUCUUGGAAAUGGAUUCGUACUAUCCUUCUCGCUACAAAUAUAGUCCAGAGCGGUUGAAGAAGUCCUUGUCGUGCCAAGCUACAGAAGAUAUUCCCCCACAUGGCCGCCAGGGCCGACGGCAAUCAGAGCCUUUCCACAGCAAAAACAGUGCUGAGAAGCUCCUAGAUGGACUCCACCGCUCUGCCGUGGCAGGGCUUAAAAGCCGCAGAAAAUCGGAGCCAACAAAACAGAUCCUCAAGCAACUGAGCAAUAAAGGACUGAAGCAUGCAGAUAGUGAUGGAGCCCUUUUGGAGUUUGGGGAGCCCCCACAGCCUCCCAGCAGCUUACCCCAGGAGGAGGAUCAGCAGACCCUUCCCCAGGAAUCUCCUGAAGAGUUGGCUGAAAGUGACGGCAGCGAGAAGGGGACAGGCCCAGAGGAAGAGGACGAAGAGGAGGAGGAGGACGAAGAAGAGAGGCUGGUAGGAACGGAGCAGGUGGCAGACUUUGCAAGCUCCUUGAUGGCCGUCCUCCAUUGCUGGCACUAUCGGGCCAACGCUUUGCUUUUCUCCUGGGGCAGCACGGGCAAAGGUCACAAGGCACAGGGAGGGCCCAAGCAAUGCCAGUCUCCAGGCAGCUGCGAGAAAAGCAGGAUCCCAGAGACAGUCUCAUCUGUCCCGAAGGCUCGAUCAGCCAUGGAGCUCAACAGGGUGAUAGAAGUUUCUCCCCAUAAGGAAGAUGGCCCAGAAGAGAGCCCUUCAGACCCUGAGUCGACGGGAACUUUGGAGCCUGUCCUGGCAGACCAACAUGGGCUCCUAAAUCAAGGAUCAGUUGGUCUGGAGCCCACUGAAAACACGGAAGAGCUAAAGGCGCUUAGCAGCGAGGAGGAGGAGGAGGAGGAGGAGGAAGGGGAAGAUGGGCGUGCGCCCCAGCCCAAAAGUAUCCUCCCCUUCUCGGUGCUGGAUCAGGCCAGCAUCAUUGCUGAGCGCUUUGCGAGCAGCCUCUCUCGGCGCAGCAGCCUGGCCCUUGACGAGGGGAAGGGCUGCCUGACCCCGAAGCAGGCCAGCCGGAGUGGCAGCGUCCUGAGCCUGGAUGGCAGCGAAAAGGCUGCCUGUCGAAAUAACAGCGCCACGGAGUCCCAGAGUGGUGGCAGCCUGCUGCCGGAGCCCUCGGCUGAGCCUAGCAGCACCCCUAGUGGAGCUGCCAUGCCUGGCCUGCUUGAGGUUGACCGGGCCUCGUGUCGACGGAAGGAGUCCAUGCUAUCCCAGCAGGACCGGCUGCUGUUGGACAAGAUCAAGAACUACUAUGAUUACGCUGAGCACCAGGAUGCUGGCUUCAGUGUCAGGCGGAGAGAGAGCCUGUCUUACAUCCCCAAAGGGCUAGUGAGGAAUUCCGUCUUCAGGAUCAACAGCCUCCCCCAGCCUGAGCCAGAGCAGGAGGUGCUGAAAGGGAAGAGGCCGGGCUCCUCGGCCAGCGGUGGGGCUGGCCGGACCGCAGCCUGGGUCCUGUCCAAUAGGCCAGCGGUUGGGUCCCAGGCCGCCUGCAAUGAAAAUCCAAUCACUGACGCCGAAUUCAGGCCAUCUGCUGAGAUGGUGAAAGUCUGGGAGGAGAUGGAGAAGCCCAAGAGGGACCUCUGGAGUAGGAGGGCAGAAGAGGGCGCCAGGGCAGGCAAGGCAAAUGGGCAGGGGGCUGGGGGCGCCUCCCUACGGCAUGCAGAGCGCUAUGUGAAAGACCAGCUCCGGAGCCAAGAGAAUGGCUUUGGCCUUCAUGAGCCGCUGCUGAUUCUGGAGGAUGACGACCUGGGGGCCAUUGCAGAGGAGUCGGCUGUGCCCUCCCCCGAGAGCAAGUCACCUGUGGAGCGGGCCGUGCCUUCAAGGUUGCCAUGGAAACUGGUGCAGGAGCUAGGGAGUUGUGAGCAAGAUCGGGGUCUCCCUCGGUUGCCCCCCCAUAUAAUGCAACUGGCCAGCCUGACUGAGGCAGAGCUGGCAGAGAAACUGAAGAACAAGGUCUACCAGCUGGCCCGCCAGUACAGCCUUCGAAUCAAGGGCCACAAGCCCACUGCGCAUAGGAGACUCGCUGAAGUCGAGGAGGAGAUGAAGAGUCAUGCCUUGACUGGCCAGCAGGAGGCAGAUAAGAAAGGCAAGGGCAAACGGAAGCCAGCCUUGACUCUUCUCAACUAUGGACAAGUUGUGCUGCAGGAGGCCAGCCCACUGACCCUGCUCUCCUCCUCCUCCUCAUUGCCAGAGAAGUCACCCAAGCGCUUCUCUUUCAGCCCCUGUUCCAGCACCCCCCACCUCACUUCCCCUACCAGCCCCCUCUCGCGGAGUCCCCUCAGCCCCAUUGUAGCUGAGAAAUUCCACUGGCCCGACGUGCGGGAGCUGAGGUCCAAGUAUACCUGUCAGCCAAGGGCUGAGAAGGGCAGGCCCCCACUUGUCAACAGGAGCCGCUCAGCACCGGAGAAAAUGGUGGAUGCAGAGAGGGUGUUGGGGGAGCGCCAGAGCUCAAAAAAGAAUGGGAAGGCGGGCAUGAAGUCCCAGCAUGGCGGGAGACAGAGCUGCCGGGGAAAGGCCUCCCUUGAUUCCAUCCCCAAGGACCAUGCCUGUGAUGGUCCUAAGGAAUUAUGUGUCAUGGCUGAGGCCUCUCUGGAGAACAAUCAGCGGGUGAUUGUCAUGGAGAAGCUGCUGGAUGGGACUGGUGAAUUGGAUGAGAGCUAUGUGCAAAUUCGCUCCCCAACAUCUCGGGAGAAAAUCUCUCUGAAGGCCGUGGUGGAGCGGUGCAAGGCCUACCAGGACUCGGAGGAAUACCGCAGGCGCGAAGAGGACAUCCCGGAAGCGCCUCCCCGGAAGGCACUUCAUCAGGGCUGGUGGGAGAAAACAGACAGCAGCCAACAAAGCCUGGUAAAGAACCUGAGGGACAAAUUCCAGACCCUGAAUUCCAACAGCUGAGCAUCUACAUCGCUUGCUCCUACACUCCUGAGCCCUACUCUAACUGGGAAAGUUGUGCAGCAAGCCUUCCAAGGGGGCGUGCGGUCAUCCUCUCGGACUUCUUUGGAGGAGAAAGGACUGGGAGAAAUCUGUUCUUCCUGCAUGGGUUGCCGCUCAGAUCCCUCUUUGUUCAUUGUGCUCCAUCUCCCAUGGGCAGCUGCCAUGACCUUCUGGGAAGUUGUAGCCCCUUCCAAGGAGCUCUCUGAUGGUUGUGCAUUCUGAGCAGGGCUGCUUCUCUCCUUAAAUGCUUCCCAUGACUUGAGCUGGGUAUUGCUCAAUACCUAUUGGGCAGAAGUCUUAGUACAUCUAUAAGUAUCAAGGGCUUCCCGUAACGCAGACAUACCAUGAAUCAGCCAUUCAUAUGAUCUACUGAGAAAAGGUGUGUGUUCUUCCCUUCAGGGUCAGGAAUGGUUGGGAAGUUCCUGCCUUAUCAAGCCAGAGUGGAAAUGAAUGAACCUUCAUUUAUUGCUCAGUCUUAUAGGAGAGUGAUUUCCCCAAGCUCUCUCUUUUUUUCCUUUUUUUUAAAAAAAAGAAUGUAGUUUUACUGUGGUUGGGAGUUUUGGUUUGCUCCAGGCCUCCCAGUUUGAGAACACAUAAUCUAAUAAUACUGGUUGUGUACACAUUUCAAUCUGUACGCACUGUGCAAUAACCACUUUUGACGAGAGAAUAUGGCUUUGGCUUCUUCACUUUUGGGCUGGGGUGGGGUGAAGAAUUGGAAAAGAUUCCAGUCCUUGGCUUUUUCACUGGUUUUCAUGGGUUCAAAGUUGCAAAGGUAAGAUUGAUGAGUCUUAGAAUCACAAAUCUCUCCAAGGUCACUGGUAGCAUCCGCUAACACUGGUGUGGAACUUAUCCACUGUGAUGCUAGGAUGUUUCAGGUCCCAUGACAUGAUGCCUGAAGAACUGCACAUCCCUCAACUCAGCCUCCUAGCAUGAUAGGUUCUUUGAUGCAAGGUGCAUUUUGUUCUUGGGCAGAGCAAUCCAGUAGGGCAGGAGAGGGAGAACCCAAAAGUGGAGGAACCGCCCUUUCCUGUGACCUGUUGGGCUUACAUCACCAGGGCAGAAGGUGAGGAUGUUGGGGCCUUUUCCCUUCUAUGCCUUUUACUGUUGCAGGUUCCUCCCCUUUUCUAUUAAGAGUUUCCCUCCUAGGGAUUCCAGUGGGAAGGUGGAGUUCCUCCUGCCAUGCUGCGUGCAUGCUGGGGCAACAGGAAGGCCUUGCCUCCUGUGGACCCACAGCUUCUCUCUGCAUUCUCCUUGCACACCUCCUUUUGCCUUUUCUGAUAUCAGAAUAGCGACGACGGAUCUUUCCGAAUCCUCCCAGAGGCGGCUUGUGAGGCCAAAAUCUGGCAAAUCCUAUAGCUGCGGGGAUGGACAAGUUGUGAUCCUCCAGAUGUGGCCUACCAUUCCCAUCAGCCCUAGCCCAGCAUAGCCAAUGGUGAGGAAUUAUGGGAAUUGCAGACCAAAACAUCUAGAGGGCCACAAGUUACCCACCCCUGCUUAUAGCCUACGACAUGCCCUAGAUCAAAGUUUUUUUAGAUGGGAUACUUCGCAUAAGGGAGUACAUGGCUCCAUACGGGGAGUGCUACGUGUAACAGGGACCAGUUGGGGAAAUGCAGCCACCGCCUAGUCUUAUUACAGUACCAUGUGCUAGGGUGAAGGGCAGGUACAAAUAGAUAGAUAAAUAAAUAAAAUGUGGGCAGAAUUCAGAAUGUGACAGUGGGGUUUUCAUCGCCUGUAAAAAAAAAUAGUAGGGCCACAAAAUAUUUAAAGUACUCAAAUAUUGUGGUUAUUUCCCCAUCACAUGGCAAAGGAGCAAUCACC